UGGAACACACACAACAGUCUCUCUCCCUCUGCAGCUCUGACCUUCCAGGGCACUGCAACCCAGGACCUGGUUUCCUCUGCUCUACUACUAUUACCUACAGGCAAAAAGAUGCUUCCAUGCAGCCUUAGAACCUGGACAAGAGGGCAAAUCCUUCUAGCGAUGAGCAUCCUGGCUGCACUUGAUACCACACUAGCAUCAGAAUCUUCAACAACUACUGCAGAAAUUGCUGUAAAUGUUACUGCUUCCGCUCAGAGCCUCCCAGGAAACAGCCCUCUUAGUGUGACAGUGCAAAGUAGUAGUGAUAACCAACCAAGUACUGCCUCGCCAAUGCUAACGGGACCCACAGUGCACAGUACAGCAGUUAUAGUUUCAGGACCUAAUUCAACAGCACUCGCUGAAACGAAUGGACCAAAUAACAGAAAUUCAACUCAAACAGAAGUUCCUCAAAGAAACUUUACAUCUCCAACAACUAAUGUGAUUGAUGGCAGAGAUCUAGUUUCACAAGGCAGUGAAAAAACCACCUUGAUAAUGACUGAGACUACAACUAGAGCUGUGCAGGCAACCGACAGAACGACAGUGCCACAAGCUACAAGUUUAAGAAUGGAAAUAUUAUUUGCACAGACAACAGCGGCACCAGGCAGCAUUACUUGCAGAGGCCUUGGGGGCUUCACAUCAACUUCACAAGUGGCUUGCUUUCAGUAUGAAGAAGAAACAACGUGUGAAAAACUUAAUGAAAAAAAGAAAGAGGAGUUAAGGUCUUUUCUUUGUGAAAUAAUAAACAACACUCAGUGUAAUGUAACCAUUCACUCCUCAGAAAUAAAACCAAAAUGCAUUCUUUGGGUCCCAAAUUCAAAAGAUGCAGAAAGCAGGCUUCAAGAUGAAAACUUUCCUACGAAUAACCAGAGACCCACCCAGGUGGAAUGGGGACAAAUUUCUGAUCAUCAGACAAAAUCACAGAAGACUAUGAUCGCCUUAGUCACUUGCGGUGUCUUGUUGGCUGCUUUUAUUCUGGCUGGAUACUUUCUUUCCAACAGAGAGAGCUGGAGUCCUGGAAGACAGAGACUGGGUGAAGACCCGUACUGUACCGAAACGGACAGCCAAGGAAACACUCUGGUGUCUGUAUCUGCCCAUGCUCAGGACAAACCAAACAGUGGAACCCGGGAGAAUGGAACAGGUCAAACAGUUUCCCCUGCUGCAAGUAAUGGGCAUUCAACUAAGAAACAAAACGUUUCUGAUACUGAACUAUAAGAUGAGUGCGCUAAUACAUACAUUGUUUGGUUGUUAAGAGAGAUACAGAUUAUGUCAUAUGUUAUUUGAUUAAGCUAGAUGAGGGUUGCUAAAAUCUAUCAUAAUAAUCUAGUACAAUGGAAAACAAGCUCAUUCCAAAUAUAUGUUUCUUCAAAGUGGUGUUACCCUUAUCUUGCUGAUUUUCUAACACCAGACACCAUAAAGGUGUGAAUUAAUGUCAUGAACACUUAGAGAGUCAGCUUGCAUUAGACUAUCCCUACUACAUUAGGUGCAUCAAUAAAGUAUAAAACACUCAAAUCUUUUGAAUUUUCUUCAUUGAUACACUUAAUCCCCUAAAGAAGUGUGUCCACUAUCUCCAAUGUCAUAGGAGACAUAGGAGCCUAUAAUUAAAAAUCUAAUUUCAGCCUUGUAAGUCAUUGAUAUGGUUUGGAUAAAGUGUGAAGAUCUUUGGCUCUCUUUAUAUGUACAUAUAAUGGGUAAAAUUAGACAUUGUAAGGAAUAUGCUUUCAUAUUAUAAUUAUACAAUCAGGGCAAAUGCAAAAUAUCACAUUGAUGCAAUUUAUCCAUCAUUUAGUAAGUGCAAGACUGUGUCAGAGUGGGGUUCCUUGGGCCCACCAGAGAAAAUUAUUCUCUGGGUCCAACCCUUACAUCACCAAUGUGUAAUGGGUUUUGAAUUAAAGCAAUAGACCCUAUUGUUAAGUGAUUAUCUCCAAAGGCAGCUCCAAAUGUUUUUCUUUUCCCCCUGGAUCUUUGGAGCCCAUUAUUGUAUCAAAGCCCGGGCCCACUGGAGGAUCUUCUGGUACUCUGGUGGGUCAGUAUGGCCCGGGUGCAAGACAAGACAUGUAUUCAUCCAAUGGUGGAUGAUGAUAAUAUUCAGCGCUGUCCCACAUGGACAA